AUGAACAGUAGAAAAUCAACAGCAACUAAUGAAUCUGAUGACGGAGUAAAUAAAUAUCCAUUUCCAGAAGAUGCAAAAGACCAUCGACGUAUGGAAAAUGUUCUUCUUAUCUGGUUAGACAGUAAUAUAGACGAGACAAAUGAUGCUUGCAAAAAUACAAUCAAACAACUGCAACAGGCUAUCAACGACAUCAAUCCAUUUACAGAUAGUGAUAAAUGUUUCGAAUUCAUUCGAACCAUCAUUAACAAAAAGGCAUGUAUGAUUCUAUCUGGAUCACUUGGACAACAUAUUGUACCUCGUGCACACAAUAUAUCUCAAAUUGAUUCAAUUUUUAUUUUUUGUGAAAACCAAAACUAUCAUGAACAAUGGGCUAAAAAUUGGCCCAAAAUAAAAGGUAUCUUCACAGAUAUUACACCCAUGUGUCAAGCACUCAAGAAAACUGCUCAUCAAUGUGAGCAAAAUGCCAUUUCCAUGAGUUUCGUUGAAUCAAAUAAAAAGUUGGAUCAAUUAGAUCCUUCUUUUAUGUACACUCAAAUCAUCAAGGAGAUAUUAUUAACUAUCAAGUUCGAUCAAACACACAUCCAGGAUUAUAUCGAGUAUUGUCGCGAUCCUUCUAAAGGUAAUAUAAAAGAAGUCGAAAAGAUUAAAAAAUUGGAACGUGAAUAUCACGAAAAAAAACCAAUUUAUUGGUACACCUGUGACAUGUUCUUGUAUCCCAUGCUGAAUAGUGCAUUACGAUUUAUGAAUGGUGAUAUCAUUACACGGAUGGGCUUCUUCAUUGGUGACUUGCAUCGACAGAUUGAACGACUACACCAGAAACAAUAUGCUGGUAAAACUGCUGCUGACUCCUUCACCGUUUACCGUGGACAAGGUUUGUCUCGAGAGGAUUUUGAACGAAUGAUGAACGCUAAAGGUGGUCUUAUUUCAUUCAAUAAUUUCUUAUCUACCAGUAAAGAUUAUAAACUUCCCUAUGCUUUGGCUGAAAGCAAUCAGGACAAUCUGGAUUUAUUUGGAAUACUUUUCGUCAUGAUAGUAGAUCCAUCUCAAUCAACAUCACCAUUUGCCUCGAUUGCUGAUAUCAGCAAAUUCCAAGGAGAAGACGAAGUCUUAUUUUCUAUGCAUAGCGUGUUUCGCAUCCAGGAUAUUACACAGAUCGGUGGAAAUAAUCGUUUGUAUGCAGUUGACUUGACACUUACUAGUGACAAUGAUCCAGAACUAAGCAGACUUACUGACUACAUCCGAAAAGAGAGCUUUCCAAAUACUGAAGGAUGGUAUCGAUUGGGAUCAGUACUAUACGAUAUGGGUCAAUUUAAAAAAGCUGAAGAUAUUUAUCAACAUAUACUUGAUCAACCCAACGAUAAAAAAGAUGAGGCAUAUAUUUAUUAUCAACUUGGUUUGAUCAAAGAUGCUCAAAGAAAAUAUGAAGAAGCACUUUUGACUCAUGAAAAAGCCCUUGCAAUUCGAGAACAAUCACUUCCUCCCAA